UACUGUGGAUUGGCUAGCAAACAAGCGAUGUCGUUUAACGAACAGGAAAGGCUCUUCUGCUACAACGGGGAAGUGCUGGUUUUUCGUUUGUCUGAAGGAAAUUCUGUAGAUAAAGGGCCUGCAAAAAUACCCAUGUUACAUGUCAGGAGAAUGGUAUUUGACAGAGAAACAGGAGUAUUUGUUCAGAAGUCCACUGGAUUCUUCAGCAUAAAAGAGGAAUACUCUCACUUAAAAAUGAUGUGUUGCGAUUGUGUUUCAGAUUUCAGAACCGGAAUUAAUCUACCUUAUAUCAUGAUACAGUACAAUAAAGAAAAUAACAUUUUCAAGUAUUUCCUGCUAUUUCUUCACAGUACCAAUAAAUUUGAAAGACUAGGCUAUGAGUUGAAGGACAGCGUAAGGGUCCUUAAUGGCCCUUUAGUUUUAUGGAGACAUGUCCAGACAUUCUUUUAUAUCUCUUCCCAAACUGGCAGAGUUAUUACUGUGUCUAUGAACUUUUCCUCUAUUGAGUGGGCGGGGGAGAUUGAAAAUGAAGGCAUGGUUUUAUUAGGACCAAAGAGAUGUUAUUUAUCUGAGGAAGGAAGCACCCAAAAGCCUUCAACAUCAGAUUAUGCAACUUGGAAUACCCACUUUUGCGUAUACUCCCUCGAAAGGGAAGAAGUAAUAAGCGAUACGUACAUUAUCCCUCCUGUUUAUAGAAGUGUGAUAACUUGCGUGCACGCCUGUGCAACUGAGAUUGUCAACAACCAAUUAAGAAUGUCUCUAAUUGCCCUUACUCGAAAGAAUCAACUGAUUUCAUUCCGAAAUGGGAUUCCUCAAGGUGUGUGCCAGCUUCCAUUUGGAGAUCCUUGUGCAGUUCACCUGAUGGAUUCAGGUGGAGACCUCCUUUUUGUCGUAUCCUUUCGGUCCAACGAUGUUUGUGCUGUUUGGGAAAAGAACUUUCAGGUUGCUGCUAAGUGGGAGAAAAUUAGCUCAGUACUGAUAGAUGACUUUCUUGGAGUUGGAACUGAACAAGUACUGCUACUUUUCAAGGACUCCUUGAAUUCAGAUUGCCUGAGUUCUUUUAAAAUAACGAACCUUGACAACUUAAACUAUUCAAGUGAAACUUUGGAUUGCAAUGAAGAUGAUUUACUUGAUGACAAGCAAGCGAAUUGUUAUUUGGUGAUUCCACCUCUGGAAAGAAGAUUGAAAGUUGGUUUCAUUUCUAUUCACGAAUUUCAGCAGCAUCUCUUGCUUAAGGAAAAAAUUAUUUCAAAAUCUUACAAAGCUUUAAUGAACCUGUUUCAAGGGAAAGAUGAUAGUGUGUCAAGUACAGACAAGGAAUGUCUUGUUACUCUUUGUGGUAAAGAAGAAAAUCCUGCCAAUACCUUUGAUGAAAAGUUAUCAGGCAAUUUUCAAGAUCCAGAACAGCUAGUAGAGAAGAUAUGAUAUCGUGUAAUAGAAGAUAGCUUGGUUGUUGGAGUGAAAACCACAUCUUCUUUGAAGCUGUCCUCAAGUCUUGUGACUUUAUCGCUAUCAAUGGAUCAAGCCCAUAACUACAGCUUUCUGCUUAUUAAGUGUCAAAAUAGGGUGAUCACGUUGAGUAGGAAUUCUUCCCCAGUGCCAUAUGAAAUAGGAUCAGAGGUAAAAAGAAUCAAGAUGAGUGUUGGUAGUGAGGAAGAGGAAGGGAAAGAGGAAAGUGUUGUUUGUGAACAACCCUUGGAGAAAGACUGUAUACAAAUGAUUACUGCUGUAACAUCUCUGUCACCACUUUUAGCGUUCAGUAAUUUUUGUUGCAUUGUGCUGCUACAAAUUAAAGAGAGAGAGAAUGGUAAUUAUUCUGAAGCUCGUUGCGUUCAAUGUGGCAGAAUUUGUUUCAGUCUAGAAGAUCUUUCAAGUGGGAAAUACCUGCUGACGUUUCCAAAGAAGAAACUUCUAGAACACACGGAAGAUCUCUUCGCACUUCUCGCUGCAUCGCGCGAAACUUGUUUUCAAAUCACAUCACCCAGCUAUGCUCUGACUUCAGUGAAGGUGUGGCUCUUAGAACACAUGGAAUGUGAAGUAAUCAAAGAAUUUCCAGAAAUUUACUUUUGUAAAAGGCCACGAAGUUUCUAUGGGACACUUUUCAACUGGAAACAAAGAACACCAUUUGAAGGGACUUUAAUAGUCUAUUCCAGGAAUCAAACAGUUUUGUUCCAGUGCCUUCAUAAUCUCAGCAGAGUUCUACCUAUAAACAGUUUCUUCAAAAAUCUAACAUUAGGAAGUGAGGAUUUCCUAAUUGAUCAUUUGGCAUUAGCUUUGGAGAAGGAAUUGGUUACCCUUGGUUCUCUUUCUUCUGCCAUAGUUAAGGUUGAAAGCAGCUCGGUGCAGAGGUGUGAAGCAAGCCAAGAAAAGAGUAGUGGUGAUGUGGCUACUUUAUCAGAGGAAAGCAUCCAUCUCUACAGAAAAGAACUUCAGAGAGAAAAGAAGGAAACGUUGGGGACGAACCUAAAAAUGUGCUGGAGUGGAAAAAGAAUUUGCCACGGAGUCAGCAAGCGUUUAGUUCCAAUCCUGCCUCUCUUGGCACCUGAUUUUGGACAAGUACACUUCACCUUUCUGGAACUUUCUUCGUCUGUAAAAUAGAUUAGAGGCAUUUGACAACGUCUGGAGACAUUUUUGUUUCUCUGAGCUGAAGUGGGAGAGAUGCUGUAGUUCGAGACCAGAGAUGCUGCUACAUAUCCUGCAACACAGGUCAGCUCCCAAGAAUGACCCAGCAGAGG